AUGCUGGAAACACGCACCAGCAACGAGCUGGAUCUGGCCUACAUGCCGUACCACGAAGGCCUGGUGAACCACAAUGCGCCACCCGUACGCGGCAGUCUCUCAGUGCGAGUAUCUAACCAGCAACAGCAUUCGCAGCAGUCACCGUAUUACGGCGACAGCGACGACGACGACGUGUCAGACGACCCGGCUUGGAUGGCAGCUCCGCGUGGUAGUCUGCAACCGGCAUUCCCGUCCAACCUCAUGAAGAAGGCGUCCAACGUUUCCAUCACGGACACGCAGGACUCCAGCCCUAAGUCUCCAGACACCGACCCCAUCUCCAGUGCCGGCGAGGAGGAUGAGCAGGACAAACAGCGCGAUGACAAGAAAGAUGACGACGAGGACGAGGAUGACGACGACUACUUUCCCCCCACGAUGCCUAAGGUGAAGUCUCCGCAGCCAUCUUCGCGUCGCAAAAGCCCACCGCACAGCAGCGGACGCCGUAGCUUGAACAACAGCGUGGAUGACAAGUUAACCACAGACCUGAAGCUCCGCAAGUGCAAGAGUAUGCCCAUGAAUCAGUCGCCUGCAAACCCCGCGGAUAACAACAAGAUGGUCAAUUUGGGAGUGCCUCGAAAUUCACGCGGCAAUUCAGAGAUCGAUCGCUUGUCGGUGGAGAAGAAAGCCACGGACGCGCCAACCGUACCCGAAGUUGCGUCUCAUCCGGUCGGUGGGAGUAACAAUGGCCACCGCGAUAGCAUGAUGCGCUACCGUCCGAGUGAUCUCAAGCCUCAGGACCUCAAGACAGCCAUGAUGUCCCGCGAUAGCUUAGCCCCGGAAAACUUCGAGAGCAGCCGCAGUGUCGACAUGUACGCUAGCAGUCGCAGCAGCAACAUGGGGAUCGACAGCAUCCGCAGCAACGAUCAGUUCGGUAGCAGCCGAAGCAGCAACGUGUUCGACAGCAGUCGCGGUGUAGACCCGUUCGCUAGCACUCGCAGUACGGAUCUAGUGAGCGGACGCGGCUCCGUCAUGCACUUUGGUCCGCGCGUGACGGAAGAGGGUCUUUCGGACUAUCUUCGCGCUGUUAAGACCGGCAAUAUCCAGCUGCUGCGCACGUGUUUGCUGGACAGGAACACGGACUUCACGGAGCGUGACCCGGUGCACGGCCAGUCGGCGAUGCACAUUGCUGUGCGCUUCGGCCAGCUGCACGCCGUGCAGUUGCUGUGCGGUAAAAAGACACGCGGUCUGCUGAUUGAUGCCGUGGACAACCGACAGAACACUCCGUUGCAUCUGGCGUCGGCCAAGUCGCGCCGUAUCACCAAGUACCUGCUGGAGCACGGCGCCGACGCCUCACGUGUGAACAACAGGAACCAGACACCGCUGGCUGUGCACAUCGUCACGACUAAGCGCGAUGAUCCGCUUAUUGCUGAGAUGUUGCUGCAACACAAGACAGACCCGAACGGUGCGCUCGGCAACAGUACGCUGCUUCACAAGGCUCUGGAUCUCAAAUUAUAUGAGGUCGCCUACCGAUUGGUGCGGCAUGGAGGUCGUUUAGACGCGAAGGAUGCGCAGGGCCACAUGGUCUUUGAAAAGGUCGACCGCAAGGUCCUGCGUCAACUCUGCGGUAAGAUCUCGUACCCGCCCGUGUGGGUCCCGAACAUGGAGCGCAAGGGCUGCAUGAUCUGUCUGCGAAACUUCAGUCGUCUCGGCGUUGGCGUGCGCCGUCACCACUGCCGUCACUGCGGUCGCCUCAUCUGCGGCCGCUGCUCGCAUGUCUCGGUAGAGAGUGAGGCGUUCCCGUCCACUUUUAUAGGCCACAUCGACCGCAAUGCGUCCGACGAGCGGUCCAACCUGAAGCGUGUGUGCAAGACAUGCAGUAGUGUGUUUGAUGAGCGUGCUAAACUGGGCAAGGAGAGCUCGCCUGGCGGGAGCCACAAGUGGUCCGACGCGUUCAUGGACCGAGUUGUGGGCUGCUCUUGGGACGAGAUUGAACCUGCACUGUGUUGCUGGCCCUGGUCAUCAUUCAGAAAGCGACGUAAUUGGAGCUCGUUCAUCAUGCGCUGUUGUCAAAUGGUCAUGGGCCCUGCGGGCACCGGCAAGUCCACGUACUGCAAUAACAUGCACGAGUUCUGCGCUGCGUCUGGACGUAUGACGUAUGUGGUGAACCUGGAUCCAGCCGCUGACCACUUCGAUUAUCCCGUGGCCUUCGACAUCCGCGAUUUGAUCAGCGUGGAAGACGUGAUGGAGGAAUUGGGCUACGGUCCGAAUGGUGGCCUCAUUUACUGCAUGGAGUAUCUUGUGCAGAACCUCGACUGGCUGCAAGACCUCCUGGGAGAGUACAGUGACGAAGACUAUUUCAUCUUCGACUGCCCAGGCCAGAUCGAGCUGUACUCGCACCUUCCAGUGAUGAAGCAGCUUUGCGAUUCCCUGAAAGACUGGGGAUUCAACAUUUGUUGUGUUUACUUGAUCGACUCCUUAUUUAUCGUUGACCCGACCAAGUUCAUCUCGGGCGUGCUCUGCUCACUCUCGGCCAUGGUUCAACUUGAACUGCCUCACAUCAAUGUCCUCACCAAGUGCGAUCUUGUCGAUGAGAAGGAGAUGUCAAAAUACUUGGACCCAUCGGAGGGCUAUCUCCUCGAAAACCUCGCGAACUCCACUGAUCCCAAGUGGCGUCCGCUGAGCACAGCGAUCUGCAACGUGAUCAACGACUUUAGUAUGGUCGCUUUCGUUCCUAUGAACAUAAACCGCGAGGAGAGCAUUGAAACCGUGCUCAUGCACGUGGACCACGCCAUCAACUACGGGGACGACUUGGAGCCGCAGGAACCAAAGAGCAACGAAGUUGACGAGUAGAUGUGGCGAUUCGAAUACAACAAGCACAUUUUCUGGAA